AUGCGGCCAACACAACUCAUAGCAACCGUCGUCGCCUUCUCCUCCCUCACAUCGGCAUGGCCAUGGCCCGAAUCACUCGGCGAAUUGAAGGCGGUACAAAACAUAGAGGCCAUGCUAUAUAGACGGCAGAACACAGCAACAGCCCGCCAAACCGCGGAGCCAACGGCAGAAGAGACCUCUGCCGAGUCCGCCGCUGCCAGCGAAACCACCGCCGCAGAAGAGACAGCCACAGCCACAGCAUCGGGCAGUGAAGCAGUACCAACAUCCGACGAAGCAGCCGCCACCUCAGACUCUCCAGACUCAGAGUCAACAGCAACGACCACCGGUACACGACGAACGACAGGGACGAUAACGGCGACUGGGUCGGCCAGGUCAGGCACUCGAACCGCAGGCAACAACACCGCCACAUCCACUGAGUUCGAUGCCCGUCUACCUGCCGGCGGCAUCUCGAUGAUCACGCCCGCCGCCAUUAGCGGGGCCCAAUACUACAAGAUCGGAGACUACGUAAGCUUCGCCUGGAACUACACCUCUCUCGAGGUGACGCCUACGGCCAUCGACAUCCUAGCCUCCUGCUCCGCGAACCAGGCGACCUAUACCCUGGCGUUGAACCAGACGGUGGAGCCAACGGGAUCGCUGGUGUGGAACACGAAGGACACGGACGACAAGGAUCCUUUGUUAACGUCGACCUAUACCCUCAUCAUCUACGAUUCCGAGAGCGAGGUUAGUGCGGCACCGGCGGCCGGGUAUCUGGCCCCGUUCAGGCAGUUUUCGUUCGGGAUGUAUCAGCCGCAGAAGUAUACGCCGCUGGCUCAGUUUAAUUGCGCCACCUGCCUCAAGAACGGCGGUAUCAGCUCCAUCGAGCGACAGGCUCUUACCGUCAUUGGCGGCAUGGGCGUCAUCACUGUGCUCUCGUUUACCUGGUUUGCCGGCGGCUUUGGCGUCUUCUAA